UAAGCACAACCCAAGCUUUACACACGUACGCACCUAUCUCAUCUGCUUACACACUUCCAGGUUCCAGCAGCACCAUCAUCUGCAAUGGCGAACCACCGCGCCGCCGCCAUCCUGACGAUCGCGUCCCUCCUCGUGGCGGUCGCCCUCACCGACGCGAGGCUCACCGUGCAACUCGACAAGCUUGGACGAGGACGAGUUUACUUCGCCAGUGACGCCGUGACAGUGCCGGCCCUGAGCUGCAGCAAGGUGCAUGGGGUGAAGGCGGGCGAAACGUGCUUCUCCAUGGCGCAAGCGGCGCGGCUGAAGCAGGACGUGUUCCUCGGCUUCAACCCCAACAUCAACUGCGAGAAUGUCUUCGUCGGCCAGUGGGUCUGCCUUGCCGCGACUUCAGCUUGAUCAAGUCUGCGGGUGCGCAGACACUAUCUCCCAGCAGCUUAUUACGACGUUUGCGCUAUGAAAUAAAGGAGGUUUCCUAUAGCAUUAGCUUACUGCUAUUCUAUGAGCCAAAUUUGCUAAGGUUGGCUCUUUGCUGUGCCACUUUAUUUACCGUAUUCUGGAGUCGUGUAUCACUCUCCCUGUGAGGCUUUGACAGAUUUGCAUUCAAUGAAAUUUCAUUUUUCC